AUGUCGACCACAUCCACAUCCACAUCGGCCUCGCCUCCGAUCCCAGAGAGUGUUCCCGUCACAGAGACCAAGCCUGUCAACCAAACAAUCGCACAGAUCCGCUCCCUCGUAGCGGGCGGUGUGGGUGGUGUGUGCGCCGUCGUCGUCGGACAUCCUUUCGAUUUGGUCAAGGUGCGGUUGCAGACGGCAGAACGGGGCGUCUACGCUGGUGCUAUAGAUGUGGUCAAGAAGACGGUCGCACGCGAAGGUCUUGCGCGUGGAUUGUACGCGGGUGUUUCAGCUCCCCUGGUGGGAGUGACGCCUAUGUUUGCUGUUAGCUUUUGGGGUUACGACGUCGGAAAAACGCUUGUCGGCAAGUUGUCCACGGUAGAGGUGAAGCACAACACCCCCCAAUACACCAUCGGCCAGAUCUCUGCGGCGGGCUUCUUCUCGGCGAUUCCCAUGACUCUUAUCACGGCUCCCUUCGAGCGCGUUAAGGUGCUACUACAGAUCCAGGGUCAAAACCCGCCUCCGCCUGGUCAGAAGCCCAAGUACUCGGGCGGCUUGGACGUGGUGCGCCAACUGUACAAAGAGGGAGGCAUUCGCAGUGUGUUCCGUGGUAGCGCGAUGACGCUGGCUCGUGACGGACCCGGUUCCGCGGCAUACUUCGCCGCGUACGAGUACAUCAAGCGGACGUUGACGCCCAAGGACGAGCAGGGACGCGUCACGGGCGAGUUGUCGAUGACCGCUGUGCUGGCCGCAGGUGGAGCUGCUGGAAUCGCCAUGUGGAUUCCGGUCUUCCCCGUCGAUACCGUCAAGUCUCGCCUGCAGAGUGCCCCCGGUCGGCCUACCAUCGGCGGAACCAUUCGCGCUGUCUAUGCCAACGGCGGGUUCAGGGCGUUCUUCCCCGGAUUUGGUCCUGCUCUGGCCCGUGCUGUCCCAGCCAACGCAGCGACUUUUGCUGGUGUGGAAUUAGCUCAUAACCUUAUGAAGAAGUACUUUGACUAG